AAGACAAUUCAAUUUGAGACGUUACUUAAUGCGAAUCAACUAAACUUGUUGGCUUCUUUUAUUAAAGUUUAAAAAAUUCGAGAACAAUGAAAUUAUUCGUUAUUUUAUCAUUUUUUUUGGGUAUAUCCAUGAUCAGUUCUCCAGUCGAUGGAUCGUUUAUGAUUAAUCAAAUUCAGCUGGGCACCAUUACUGAUCUUCAAUAUUGUUGUGUUAAUGAAUCCCUCACAGCAAAUGCUUUUUACCAUGCGCAAACAUUCGACCCGUCUCAUUGGUUUCAGAAAUGCUGUGGCAAAACACUCAAUGCAAGCAAGCUUCAACAAAUUAAGAGCUAUCCUAAAACCCCGGUCACAGGGGCGCUGGUAAGUAUUUUCCAUCUGGUGGAAAUAACUUUUGAAAAUUUCAAAUUCGAAUAUAUGAAUGGAGUGUAUGGAGAAAAUCAUCUUGAUUGUGGUAUGGAAGAAAUGAAUAGAUAUGCAGACGCAUUGAAUGAACUCUAUAAUAAGAGUGGAACACCAACGAGUACAAAAAAAUUGAUCGAGCAAAUGGCCAUUGAUAUGUUUACAAAUAUAUGCUGGAUGAAAGCUACGCAGGGACCAGGUCGUGACAUUGUUUAUAAUCGCCUAAAUUAAUGUCACCGCAAAAUGUUCUACAAUUGCAAAUGAAAUUAAUACAAUAUUGUAAAACUUAUAACAUUUAAAUGUAAAUCUGUCGGUAAAAACUAAAGGAAAAUGUUUAAUUUA